CUGCUAUGCACAUCACCGUUUAGUGCCAAUGAUGCCCUCAGGGUUCAACAGCUUGAAGAGGAACAGGAGAGGCUGAAUAACUCCCUAUUUUCCUUGAGUUCUCAUUUCGCUCAGGUUCAGUUCCGAUUGAAACAAAUUGCUGAAGCAAAUGCAGAAGACAAAGAGGCCUUGCUGAAAGACUUACAAGACUUCGCUUUCAAAGGUUGCGCAGAUAUGAAUGAGCUGAAAAGGCUCAGAAGUGAGAGCGAAAGUGGUGAAGUGCUAGAGAUACAAAAGCAAAGGCAAAACGAGCUUUUGAAACAAUUGCGCGAGCAACUGGAAGAUCUGGAGAGGAUAGCAUACGAGAAUGGUGAAGGGGAUAUGCCAAGCACUCUCAUUCUACAGAAACAGAAAGCUGUUUUGGACGAACUUCAUGAAAAGAUGUCUCUUGACUUAGAGCUAGACAAAAUGUCGGUAGCGGACAUCCAGAAGCAUGUUGACAGCGCUCUUAAGCAGCUUGUGAAUCCUUUCAAAGAAAAACAGCAGCUAGUUGAACAACUUCAAACCCAAAUAGUCGAUUUGGAGCGAUUUGUGAGCUAUCUACAGAAGGAAAAUAGCUCUCAGGAAUCAUCUCCAGCAAAGGCACUUUCUUCUUCGCAGUUUAUUGCAAGUAAACCGAAGUCGAGCAAAUUUUUUGGAUUGAUUGGAGGUUCUACUCAUCAUUUUCAAAAGAAUCAGCUCAAGAAUACAGAACUUGGGAACCACUACGGGGAUGAACGAGCACAUCUGCAGCUCGCAGUAGACGCUACACUGCAAGUUUUGGAAAAGUAUACUCUACUGAAUAUUGAAAAUUCAUGCUCAACAAGUGAUGUUCAGGAAGUGGAGGUGCUCAACGAUGUAAGUGGUUACUACCUAGAUUGUUGCUUCAAGCGGUUCUUGCUAAGAGUUUGUAAACAAUUUUCCAAUUUUUAUUCGGUGUAUUUGUUCUGUAUAUCAGUGCUAGCGCAGUGCUGAUU